AGAGCGCGAGCCAGUAGCCACAGAGAGCACAGGCGAGCGAGGAGGACGGAGCGGAGAGUGCCAGAGCGCACACACAGACCGGAGUCAUGGAGAACAGAUCGCCCUUCAGGAGGACUUUGCCAUCUAACGGACUGCGACUUUUAACAUCACUUCUCACCUUUUACGGACUUACCUCAGGUGUGAGCAGUAACCAGGUGAUUGUUCCUGAGAAAGUGAAUGCAGUGCUGGGGAAGAACAUCACACUGGGUUGCAGAAUAGAGGUGGGCUCCAACCUCACACAGAGCUCCUGGGAACGCCGUCUUCCCUCAGGCACCAUUACCUUGGCAGUGUUCAACCCCGAGUUCGGAAUCUCCAUCUCUCCGGACUACGCCAAGCGCAUUUCGUUUGUUUCCCCCUCAGUACGAGACGCUACCAUUACCAUUGAAGGGGCUGGCUUUGCAGAUGUCGGCUCCUACACCUGCAAAGUGGUAACAUUUCCUCUGGGCAACACACAGGCAUCAGCCUAUGUUAAUGUAUUAGUGGAGCCAAAGGUGUAUGUGUCCGCCAGCCCCACGGCUCUGCUGGACGGUGGGAACGAGUCACUGGUGGCUACCUGCAUAGCCGAGCGCGGCCGUCCCGCUGCUGAGGUUUUCUGGGAGACGGGGCUGUAUGGACGAAGUGAGAAGCAGAGUCAGCACGAGCCCAACGGCACAACCACCGUACAAGUGCACUACAUGUGGCAGCCGCAGAGCUACGCCCAGGGGAAGAUGCUCACAUGUGUGGUGCGCCACCCGGCCCUGCAAACAGAGUUCCGCAUACCAUACAUACUAAAUGUUCAGUUUGCACCCGUGGUAUCGAUAAUAGGAAUUGAUAAAAAUUGGUUUGUGGGUCAAGAGAAUGUAAAGUUCAUCUGUGGAGCCAAAGCCAACCCACCUGCCCGUCACUUCACAUGGACCAGGUUGGAUGGAUUGAUGCCCGAGGGUGUUGAGAAAUCAAACAAUAGCUUUGCUUUCACUCGCCCGUUGGAGCGCAAUGACUCUGGAGUGUACCGCUGUGAAGUGAUAAACGACAUCGGUCUGCACAGUCAAGAUGUGAACCUCUGGGUACAAGAUCCUCCCCCCACCACGGCUGCCCCCAGCACCACUGCAUCCCUCCUCCACGACACAUCUGGAACGGGCACCGCCGCGGACCAGCGGAGAGCCCUGUUCACCUCCCCGACCCUGGCCUCCCUACACGACAGCAGCCUGGGUACCAUAGUCGGCGGGGCUGUGGGCGGAGUUUUAUUCCUGAUUCUCCUGCUGAUCCUUGGCGGGGCCUGCUUCAUGCGACAGCGCAGGACCUUCAGAGGGGACUACUACACCAAACAGUACCUGGGACCCUCCGACAUGCAGAAGGAGUCUCAGCUGGACGUGCUGCAGCCGCAUGAGCUGCAGGAGGUCUACGGGGACAAGACGAGCAAAGGCAGCCAGGAGCUGAAACCCAAACUGGGUGGAGACAUCAUUUACCCCGACUACACCCCUGACCACAAGGAUAGGGAUGACUGGGCCGACAAGGGGGAUAACCACAGGGGCCUCAAGGAGGGAAACUACUACCCAGAUCACUACAACACCCAAAACAUGCACCCCUGCGGGCCUCCUGUGCACAGCCCCACAGUGAACAACGGCUCCCCCUACCUGCCGGAGGACUGCUAUGACAAUGGUACAGACAGCGACUACGUGUCCCACAUGGACGGAUCUGUGAUCUCACGCAGGGAGUGGUAUGUUUGAGGAGCCGAUGAAAAAAAACGAACAAAAUGAACAGGCUGACUGAGAAUGAUUUAACAGGUGACAGAUAUAAAUAUCAUUAAAGGCGUCAUUUCAGUUAAAGGACGAAUACAAUUUCUCAGCUCAGUAUCACAACGAGCUCUUUGAACAAUACUGCUCUGCCUUGAUUGUAACCACUUAACCUUAAGGACAUGUUUGUGGAUUGUAUUACACUUUUGAAGCAUUUCAAGGAGCUACAAAUGGUCUGCAACGCCUCGGUGAUGUUAUCUUUGUAGGCUUAAGAGGCUUUGGCAUACAGUGAAGUUUCAACCGAUGUGAAUGAGGUUUUGUAUACUGCUUGUUUGUGUUUGCACCUGUCUUUAACACAGGUCAAAGGUCAGGUGUUCAGCUUCUUGUUAGUGAAGUAUUUAUAUCCCUGAGCUCUACUCCCAUAAAACCUCACAACUUCUGUGGCAUUUUUCAUAAUGGUCUUUUGAAUACUUCCAGCGUUUUCAUACUGUUGAAAUGUUUAUCAUGGCUGCAACCAGUAUUUAAAGCAAAUUAUAUUGCAUGAGUUUUCUAAAAGCAAAAUGUAUCAUCUAGUUAAAGGGAAGGUUUGUCAUCCACAUGAUUAAAAGGGAGAAUCACACAGGCAUUGUUCUGAGGGAAUAGCAAAAUGACUGACGCUAGUACAUUACAAAGUAAAAUCCUUCUAAACCUUUGGUUAAGUUCUUUGGCUUCUGUGGCUUUUGCAAUCUCGCAGUAUCUUCUGUAAAUUAUUCAUGAAAUGGUACGCUGGCACCUGACAGAGAGAGAGGCCACUCCCUGUGGAAGUACUUUUAAUUCCAGCUUCAUUUCAGCUUAUCUGUUUCAAAGAGAUCUCUGUUUUCAAAGUUUAAAUCCUUAAGAUUUUAGUCCUGGUUGACUUGGCGACACACGUGGUUACCGUCGUAAGAGCAGGUGUGGUUUAAUACGGCAGCAAACGCUCUUUGAGCAGCUACUUUACAAGAAGAGCAACUGGUGAAUCUUGUAAAAAAAUAAAUCUUUUUGGUCCGCUGACAAAAAGAAAAAGAAAAUAACUGUUAUCUUGUUUUGUAUGCGCUUUUUACGAUGAACAAUCUCGGUCAGCGCUAAUUGUGUUUCCUGUGGGUUCUUCACAAUAAGAGCCCCGUGCUGGAUUACAUGCAUGCAUUGUUUCCUCUGAAUCUCUCUUGUUUAGUGUGGGAAUAACAGACCCGGACACUACCAAUAAAAACUAUAGCAAGACAAUUACUGCAGAAAAAAAUGCUGAUCAUAAGUGGUAUUAAAAUGGGGUUGGAUGUCAUUAUAGUCUUAAGGAUUAUAACUUUAACCAAAUACAUUAUUGUCAUUAGCCUACUGAAAUGUGUUAACAGUCACUUUCUUGCAGCAGAAAAAGCACAACUCCAUUAUUACAGUUGUCGGUAAACAUCAAAGGAAGCCUACCAGGCUUUGGCCCUUCUCCACUUAGCCAUGAUAACAGGCCUGUCUUUCCAUUUUCCCUCCUCUGUAUCGUCUGAUUUCUGUCUGCACACAAACACCAAUUGGUCAUUAUAGUUUUUAUUUUAAACAUGGGAUCAAAGCAGUGAGUUAUAAAUACCAGAUGUGACCAUCACAGCUGUCAUCAUCUGACGCUAUGUGGCUCCAUAAACCACCAACAGUCUCACUGCUCCCGCUCGACACUCCAGGGCCGUGAUUCAUGGGGGUAAAUAAGCAAAAUACUUGUUGGCGAGAAAAAGAAAGUCAGAGGGCGAAGAAAAGGGAGCACUAAUAAACUGAUCCUUCAGCUUUAUUAAGUACGUGUUUGAAGUACGAUUGCGCAAAUACCUCACAGCACAGUUGGAAACGCUGUGUGCGGCUGACAUCACUACUGAUCACAGAACAGGCUAUAAUGUUGGGGUUUGGCUCCUCAGCAGCUCCUCUGAGGAUAUACAGUGAUCAUGGAAACUAGAAAUUCAAUCCACGAGUGAAAAAAUUGGUUUAAGGACCAUCUAGGUUAGAGCUGUCUCUAAGGGUUAUUUCUAUGUUUCUUUUCCUACAAACAACAAACCCAGUUGAAACAAAAGAGAUGACAUCAUGAAUGAUCUCAUCUCUCAUUGCUUCAUUUGACCUUCCACUUUUCCACUUAGUGCUUCUUCUUUUUUUUAGUUGUUUCCUCAGGAGUGAUGCACGGAUCAAAGUGGCUUCACAUGAAAGGGAAAACCGUUCAUGUUUUGGAAAAGAUCCCUGUUUGAUCAAUUAUUUUGCUAGAAGACAAAACCAUAUACUUGCAACUUUACAAUCAGGACUGGGAGAGGGGGUCUCCUUUCUUAUUGGGGUUUUAUAGAUUGUGGGUACUUGUUUAACCCUUUCCCGCCCUUGGGUUCCCAUGCCAGGGCUUUGGUCGAAAGGUUUAGAUGUCUGAGAAUAAACUACUUUUAUCUCGCUCUCACUCUCAUCGUCACACACACGCACCCAUCCACCACACAUCUGCCACUGCAGCCCACAUUCGAAAAAGCAGUCCUCGCCUCAAACCUUCAGCUUUUUAAUUAACUUUUUUUUUUUUUCUCUCCCAUCGCAAUCGGCAACUAAAGUGCUCAAACUCGGUGAUAUAUAGCACAUCCGUGUCUGCAUGCACACAUUUUUAUUUUUUUUAUAUCUAUGUCAGACUCAUGGCUGUCAACAUGUUUCUUAUUUUGGUAAAGGCGCUCCACGCUGUCUCUGUUCUAAAAAUGAUCAUUUUCCUUCAGUAUCUGUUCAUCUCGUAAGACUGUUUGACAAAGCAAAGUGAGCUGAAGUCAUGAAUGUUUUUUGUUACGUUUUUUAUUCUUUUGGAUCACUUAUCAACUGGUUGCAUGUAAAUUAAGUUAUUCGUUACCUACUACGUUCAUUAUUUCUCAUCACUUAUGUUUAUAUACGUGUACAUAAUGCUAAUAGGUUAGCGUAGGAUUAGCCGUUUGAUUUAUAUGCUCAUGUACAGUUUGUUCUGGACUCCCCUACUGAAUAGUUGGUGCCUUAGAUGGGCUGAGCAAUGCACAGAAACUUUGAUAAACAACAAGCAUUAAUAUAAAGGAAAUUAAGACCGUCUAAGAGGAGGACCGACUGGACUGUUAAUAUGUCUUCCGUCUUGAUAUUUAAGAUUUGCUGUUAUCAAAAGAUCAGAAUAGACAAAAGGUUGAUUGUCAUGCCUUAUAUGCUUUAAAAGGACACAAGUAACAAGUUAGUUACUGAGUAAUAAGUAAAGUUUCACUGGGAAUUUAGACAAGCCAGACUCAAAGAAAAUAUUAUUGUCCUGUAAAUAUACUGGCUGUUUUUUUUUGGGGGGGGGAAAUCUUAUUUUUUGUAUGAGGUCUGUAAUUUUCACAGAGUAUUAGUUUAUCUUAUGUGCAUUCGAGAAUCUCCCUUCUCAUGAUACAGUAGUGGGUGAGCCUGUUUUCACUGCAUUUUAUAUUUGUUCUCGAGAGUAUGUUGUUUGAAUGAUUGAUGUCUCACAGGAAUCAGAGAUGAGAUUGUAGAUUGUAUUUUCUUUCCUUUGUUUGCAA